UUUAAGCGAUACUAAUAUAAAUACAUUAUGAACGCAAAGGUUUUGGUUGUGCUCCUAUUUAUUGUCACCAAUUUUAGUCUUUACCAGAGCAAGAGGUAUGAUAACUUCACCCUAUUCGGGGUUGUACCGGUUGAAGUUGAUCAUUUGAAGUUUCUACAGAAUUUGGAGAAACAGAAGUAUAUUGAUAUGGUGUUCUGGAGAAGACCCAUUAAGCUGUAUCAUGAUGUACAGUUUCUUGUGAACCCUACGGAUAGAGACCUUUUUAUAGAGAGAACAGCACAUUUUAGAAUGAAAGCAGAGUUAUUACUACCUGAUAUUCAGCAAGCAUUUGACAAACAAAUAAUAAGAAGAUACCAACGUUUGAAGGCCGAGUCGUUUUCCUGGGAGUUUUAUCACAAUUUGGACGAUAUUUACCAAUGGUUAGCCGAUGUAGCACUGAAAUUUCCAAAUAUAACCGAAUUGUCUGUUGUUGGUAAAUCUGCUGAAGGACGCGAGAUAUAUGCUCUUGCGAUUAAGAGAUCAGGAGCAAAAGGGACAGUUAUAGUGGAAGGUGGAAUUCACGGUAAUGAAUGGAUGUCAGUGGAAUUUGUGACUUAUUUGGCACAUCAAUUGAUUCAUUGUAAUAAAACAAGUGGUGCAUUCUCAAGUGUAGUACAUAAAUAUAAUUGGUAUUUACUACCAGUUGUUAAUCCAGAUGGUUACGAUUUUACACAAAGAGGGGACCGGCUAUGGAAAAAAAAUAGACGUAGUGUGGGUGGGAGCUUCGGUGUUGAUCUGAACAGGAAUUUCGAGUAUAAUUUCGGAGCAUACGAUGCCAGCAAUGUACCUGCAGAUGAAGAGUACUGCGGAAAUUCACCUUUCUCAGAACCAGAGACGAAAGCUUUAGCAGAUUUUAUUAAUGACAAAAAGGACAGUCUGAGAUUUUACUUCUCUAUUCAUGCUUACGGACAGAAGAUUGUUAUACCAUAUGCUGAUAGAAUUAAACACGUUGACAACUAUAAUGAGUUGGAAAAUUACGGGAAACAAGCGAUAGUGAAAAUGUAUAAAUUAUAUGGCACGAAGUACAGCGUUGGAACAUUCUACGAUACUUUGGGUCUCAGAAUAUCUGGUAACAGCGCCAGUUGGGUGAAGAAAACUUUUAAUGUCAAGCACGUCUUCACACUUCUACUCCGUGACAAUGGAUCUUACGGCUAUGCCUUGCCUCCUGAUCAAAUAGUACCAACAUGUAAGGAGGGUCUAGUCGGCAUGGUUGAAUUAAUGACAGCACGACCAAAACGCAUUAGAAUGAACCUUUUCAAUUCUGCAACUAGUAACUUCAGCAAUACAUUCAUAUUUAUUAUACUCAUUUGUUUCAGAAUGAAUUUGAGUGACGAUUAUGAUGUGAAAUUUUGGAGAAAUCCCGGUUUGGUGUAUAGACCAGUGGAUUUUCUAAUGGCUCCUGAAAGGCAGAAGGCAUUCUUGAGAGAGGCUAACGAUUCUGGUAUAUAUUUGACAACAAUAAUUCCGGAUGUGCAAAGGGUAUUCGACAUGCAAACAGUAAAGGCUUAUAUUAGAAGAAAUAUGGAUUCAUUCGAUUGGCGAGGUUUCUAUCGGUUAGAUGAUAUUUAUAACUGGUUGAAAGACCUAAACAAGAUGUAUCCGACAGAGAUUCAAUUGCAAAGCAUUGGUCGUACAUAUGAGAAUCGAGAUAUAUUAACAGUGAGAGUAGCCUUAAGAGGAAGCAAAAUGAGAUCAAAAGUAAUCUUUGAAAGUGGUAUUCACGCAAGAGAAUGGAUAUCGCCUGCUUUUGUUACUUAUCUAAUUAAUGAAAUUGUACAUUCAAGAGAUUCAGACAAUGAAGAACUGAAAAACAUUGCUUUGACGUAUGAGUGGUACUUUAUACCUGUGGUGAAUCCUGAUGGUUACGAAUAUAGUCAUGAAGAGGAUAGAUUGUGGAGAAAAAACCGUCAUAACGGACCGAAUGGGGUGGAUAUAAAUAGAAAUUUUGGUACUGCUUUCGGAACUGUUGGUGUAAGUUUGGAUAAGAAAUCCGAUAUAUACUGCGGUCCUGCAGCAUUCUCAGAAAAGGAGAGUCGGGCACUUGCAAAUUUCAUACGCUCGAAGAGUAGGAACUUGGAGUUUUAUAUUGGAUUUCAUUCCUAUGGCCAAUAUAUGAUUAUACCAUUCGCUCACUUGAAGAAUCAUAUUGGAAAUUAUGAUGAAGUGAAAGCAAUGGGAGAACAAGCAGCCAAAAGAAUAUCUCAAAGAUACGGUACAUCCUAUACUGUGGGUACAGCAUACGAUACUGUAGGAUAUAUAACUUCGGGUGUCAGUGGAUGUUGGGUUAAAAGAAAUUUUGAUGUUCCGUACGUGAUUACUUUCGAGCUACGUGAUAAUGGCCAAGAAGGUUUCGCUCUAUCUCCUGAGCAUAUUAUACCAACAUGUAAAGAGACUAUGGAUGGCAUCAUAUCCUUACUAAUUCCAAGAUCGAACAGAUUUAACAAAAUUAUGAAGCAUUAUUCCCGAGCAUCUGAACAUAAACUAUUGAAGAGUGUCGUUCUGUUAUGGAACUUUCUAUUAUUUAUUAUUUUGCGUUUUGAUUGAA